AUGACCAUUGCCAACGUUAUCUUGUCGGUGGCCGAGCAGCUGCAACAUACCAAAUGGCAGUCCCUGCUCCUCACACUCGUUGCGGCACCAGCGUUGUACGUUCUCGUCAACGAGCUUGUGCGCUAUAAUGCCAGGAUACACGGGAUGAAGGGGCCCCCGGGCCUGCCGCUCAUUGGCAAUCUCUGGGACAUCCGCGUGAAUGCCGCGGAGAAGUAUCGUGAGUGGGCCCGUCGGUUUGGCGACGUCUACCAGAUACAGCUUGGAAAUGUGCCCGUUGUGGUGAUCAACUCCGCAUCGGCAGCGAGGACCAUUUUCGGACAAAACGCCCAAGCCAUGAGCUCGCGACCAGAGUUUUACACUUUUCACAAGGUUUUGAGUGAUACCGCUGGAACAACAAUUGGCACGUCGCCCUACAGUGACUCGCUCAAGCGCCGCCGGAAAGGCGCAGCGUCGGCAUUGAACAAACCGUCCGUUCAGACUUACAUAUCACAUCUUGACAUCGAGACCCGAGAUUUCAUCCGGGAACUCUAUACAUAUGGACAAGCUGGGAACAAGGCAGUGGAUCCAAUGCCGAUGAUCCAGCGGCUUUCUCUGUCCCUUGCCCUGACUCUCAACUGGGGCGUGCGUCUCAAAAGCCAGAGCGACAACCUGUUUGACGAAAUCACCCACGUCGAGGAAGAAAUCAGCCGCUUCCGCUCCACUACGGGCAAUUUGCAAGACUACAUCCCCUUGAUGCGACUGAAUCCAUUCAACAUGCACUCGACCAAGGCCAGAGAGAUGCGAAACCGCAGAGACAAGUACUUGACGGACCUCAAUAACGGGCUUGACGAUAGGAUCGCACGUGGGACGCACAAGCCGUGCAUCCAGGCCAAUGUCAUCAUGGACGAAGAGGCCAAGCUCAACAAGGCCGAGCUGACAUCCAUCAGCCUCACCAUGCUCUCUGGCGGCCUCGACACCGUGACGACCCAAGUAGCUUGGUUCGUCGCCUAUUUGUCGCAGCAUCCCGAGGUCCAAGACAAGGCCGUCCGUGAAAUUCGCAAGACAUUUGGCGAGGACAGGCCAAUGUGUGACGAGGGUGAUGAUCAGACCUGCCAGUACAUUGUCGCCCUGGUGAAAGAGUCGCUUCGAUAUUUUACGGUCUUACGCCUGGCGCUGCCGCGUGCCAGCAUCAAGGAUGUGGCCUACGGUGGGACUGUCAUACCCAAGGGUUCAGUCGUGUUCUUGAAUGCAUGGGCCUGCAAUCGGGACUCGGCCGUCUGGUCUGACCCCGAUGUUUUCCGUCCGGAGCGAUGGCUCGAGCAGCCUGAUGCACCCCUCUUCACCUACGGCGUCGGCUACCGCAUGUGCGCCGGCUCGUUGCUGGCAAACCGGGAGCUAUAUCUGCUAUAUAUGCGACUCAUAAAUAGCUUCCAUAUUGAGAAGCAGGACGCGGUAGACUGCCACCCGGUUCGUGGCAAUGCUGAUCCCACAAGCUUGGUGGCGAUGCCGCACCGUUAUAAGGCGCUUUUUGUGCCUCGGAACAACACAGCGCUAGCUCACGCCAUGAAGGAAACGGAGCGCAUGACUGGGGAGGAGUAG